AUGGAGGCCUGGAAUAACAUUAAAAAAACAUGGAGUGGAGUUAAACAAGACCUAAUUGAGUUAUUGGUCAAAAGACAAUUAACAGUUGCUGGAAAACCAAUAAUUGCAAAUUCUUUUAUGUCACGCCUACAAGUGGACCUUGUGGAAAUGUCACUUGAUGGAGAAUAUAAAUAUAUUCUUCAUGCUCACAAUCACUUUACUAGAUAUUCAUGGGGAUAUCCCCUGAAAUCUAAAUCUUCAAUUGAGGUUGCAGCAAAUUCAUUUGACUUGCUUACAGCCUUUGGAGCUCCAAUGAUAUUACAAUCAGAUAAUGGAAAGGAGUUCAAUUCCAAAGUAAUAAAAGAGUUGAUGGAGAUAUGGCCAGGUACAAAAAUUAUUAAUGGCAGACCAUGCCAUCCACAGUCGCUGGGGCAUGUAGAAUGUGGAAAUAAGGAUUUAGAAAAUAAACUAUCAGAUAUGAAUACUUCUAUUUCAAGACCAACCCACAAUACUCCAUAUUGUUUGGUUUUUGGUGUUGAACCAAGAAGUAAUGAUACAGCAUUGGAAUUAUUAUUUGCUGAUGGUCACAUCCAUGAAGAGGAUAUACCAAGCAAUGUAAUGAUUGAAG